UGGGCUUCUUAACACAUUUGAUUCACUGAACAGACGGCAGUGCCAAACGUCCAGCAACCAGACGAGCUGAUUUUCUUAUUCUUCCUUAUAUUACUGCACUCCUGCUCGGAGUAAAAUCUGAAAAUGAAAAAAGCGCUAAAGACCUUUCUGAUCUUCUGCUUGAUGGCUGCAACGACUGCACAAGAUUCAAGCUCAAGCACAGGUCCUGCCACCACCACUGAUACAGCCACUACAACACAAGCAGACCCAAUAAGCUCGACUCCUCCUUCCACCAUUGUCACUGAAUCCACUACAACACAAGGCCCAAUUAGCUCGACUCCUCCUUCCACCAUUGUCACUGAAUCCACUACAACACAAGGCCCAAUUAGCUCGACUCCUCCUUCCACCAUUGUCACUGAAUCCACUACAACACAAGCAGGCUCAUCAAGCACGGCUUCUGCCAACCCCACCACUGCAGCCGCAGGCACAACAAACUCUACGACACAAGAAGGCACAACAAGCACAGCUCCUCCCACCACCACGACCACUCCAGCCACUACGACACAAGGUCCAUGUGCGUCUAGUCCUUGUAUUGGAGGCAGUACCUGUGAAAAUCGCUUUGGAGGAUCGUUUGCUUGCAUCUGUCGGCUUGGGCAAUUUUAUGAUGAAAUACUUGGCUGCAUUCGAAGAAAGGUCUUCCCUGGUCGUUUAAUGUUAACAGAGGAUUUUAAACAAGAAAUGGCUGACACAACAUCUAAAGAGUUUAAAGACAAAGCUCAUGAAAUUGAAGUUGAUCUCAAAGCGGCUCUUAAUGGUGAAGAAGGUUAUCUUAAUUCUAUUGUUUUAAAACUAAGUCCUGGCAGUAUAGUUGCAGAAGUGCAGAACAUCUUUGAGUCAUCAUCCGCCACCUCAUCAGAAGACAUUAAAGAAAAGAUUCAAGCUUCAUCAAUUGGCAGUUUUGAAAGCAUCACCUUGUGUAGUGCUGGUGCGUGUGACAUUAACACCACAAAGUGUGGUGAACAGCUAGAGGGUGUUGCAACAUGCACUUGCCUAGAUGGCUACAUCAGGUCUGCAUUCACAGAAGAUUCCUGCAUUGCUUGUCCAAGUGGGAAAAAAGCAGUGGAUGGCAAAUGUGAAGAUUGUCCAUUUGGCUUUGCUGGAUUUAACUGCGAUGAUUCGAAUCUUUUGAUUGUGGUUGUGGUGUCUGCUGUGUUGGGUUCAUUGCUGAUUAUCUUCAUGGUGUCCCUGAUAGUUGUAAGCUGCAGGAAUCAAAAGGGAAGUUCCUCACCAGAGGUAGACUUUAGCUCAAGCUACGGCACUAAGGAUUUGCAUAAACCUACAGGAGUUCUCAGGAUCCCUCGGGCUAACCCUGAGUCCAACUGGAAGUCUAACAAUCUGGAGAUGACCAAUAGUGACAGUAAUCAGAGCCUGGUGACCAGAGAUCGCCCAGAAAGCAAAGGGCGCUACCAUGAGUACGAAGAGGCACCGAGUUACAGGACUCAAGUUCCCCCAGCAUAUUCUGGUUACUCUGGUGCAAGAGGAAUGGAUAACGGCGGUGUCCAAAACCCAUACUUCCGGCAAGAUGAUGACAGAAUGCACAGAUAUUAAUAAUAUUGGACCUGGAUUACAAUUGGAUGAGUUGUCUUCAUCUUCAUGUAUACUGAAUGACAUUAUUUAAUUUAACAAAAAGAAUUCAUUUAAAAGUUUGUAAUGACAUUGCAAUCUUAAAUACAACUUUUUUCACUACUAAUGAAUCAGCUUAUGGGCUUCACUCUUGAUACAUGCUUUUGCUUUAAAGUAUUUGGAGGAAGCUCUUUACCAACUUACAAACAUAAAAUCAGUUUUAUUUUUCCUAAAACACACCCAUGUGUUAAAUUAAAUGGUAAAGUGAGUGGCUAAGUUUGACAUGUGAAUAUUUGUAUUUAUGUCAUUUUUUUGGGUUUAUGUUUAGUGUUGUUAAUGCUUGGGCUGGAACUCAGGUGUACAUAAAAAUAUUAAACCAUUUGAGAUAUUCAAGCUGUAAUAUGAUGAUUACAUUUUCAAACUGUAACCAUUUGAAGUAUUAUGUGAUGUUAUGACAAUUCAGUUGAAGCAUUUUAUUAUAAAUGAAAGAAAUAUAAUAAAACAGUAUGAUUUUUUAAAUAACAAA